AUGGGCCCGAAAAGAGGUAAAAAGGGCACUCCGUGGCCAGAACCAUGGUUUGCAGAUGACCCUGAUAUACGCGCAUAUGUAGCUGCAGCCAUCAAAGAUCUCGAGGCACUGAAGAAGCACCAAGAAGCACUGGAGAUUGGCAUGCCCCGUGAGCUCUCUACUUCUGUGGUUGACGCGUUCUUAUAUCUGGCUCGAAGGGUGAAGAAUACGCCUACGAAUGAGCAACUAGUGCAGCGGCUCGCGAAGGUCGAAUUACACGUGGAAAAGACACAGAAAGAGCAACACGAACCGCCUGGUGGAGGCAAUAUGCUACCCAACAUCCCCAGAGACACGUACCGCGAAAAAUUCUCCAAGCUUCAGUCAUGUGACAACUAG